AUCUCUCAACAGUACUACAAAGCCACAUUACCAUUUUCACUAUCUUGUCAAUCUUCUAAUUCUCACAACCUCCCUCUUCUACUCAUCAAUACCAACUUCCCAAACCUAUACAAACAAAACCAAUCAAAAUGAAGUAUGCUAUCUUCUCCUCCGCUAUCGCUAUCUUCGCCACCUUGGCCACUGCCCUCCCCACAGCGGAGAACCUCGCCCCCCGUGAUCACGUCAAGGAAGUGAUCAACUCCAACUUGGUGGUCAACAUCAACGAAGACGCCCCCGAGACCCCCCUCGGCGUUAGCGACAAAGGAAUCGUCUCCCGCGCCAACGGCAAGCACAACUCCCAAGCCCUCGUCAAGUUCGAUUUCCGCGAGAGUCUCAGUGGGUAUAAGUGCCGAUUGGCAUUCGGAUACCCGGCUCAGUUCAGCGGCACCGGGGAGAUCCAGGUGUACACCAUCGGGGAUAUAAACAUCGCGAGCUCCACCUUCAAUCACAGGCCUUUCAGGGAUCAGUUUAAGGGCACCUUCCGUGUCACCGGGUGGGCCGAGGCUGAGGUUGUUGACGGUUCCGGAUUGACUUUCGACUGCCCGACUCAGGGGGCUAAGGCAUAUGAGGUUGUCUCUGUUGGGGAUAACAAUGAGGUUGUUUGGAAUGCAGCUUGGGGUGGAUUGAGAAUUGAUGCCUUUUAAGGACGGAGUGGUUGUUGGUUGAGCUCUCGCUUACACCGUGGAUCCCAUUCUUUCACCCAGUUAUUUAACUCUAUUUUCUUUCUCUUAAGCAUUGCACUGCAUGGUAUCUGGGUUGGGUUUGCAUUUUGUUUCAAGGAUCGGAGCACAGGGUUACAGAAUUUGCUAUCAUUCAAUUGUACAAGUACCACUAGUAUUAGAUUAAUCAUCUAGUGAAAAUAUAUGGAGGAAAUAUACACUUU